AUGCCUCAUCCCAAUAGGUUCCCCAGCUCACCGGGCCUGCGAGAUCCCCCCAAGCAGGCCUUGGAUGAGCUUCUCCUCUCCCGACCAUAUUCAAUGUCUCAUCCGAAACCUUCCCUCUCCCGCCCCUCUAUUCGAAGCUUCUCUACUCGGCGCCCCCGACCUUCCGUCGCGUCGAUAGCAGACCUUUUUGUUGGCUCCCUUGUCCUGGCAGGCUUCUGCCACGAGCACUCACCACGAGGUCGAGGCUUGUCUACACUACAUUUCAGGACAUCAGAAUCUAAUCUCCGGAGGUUCAGGGGCAAAGAGGGGGUGGAUCGCGGUGAGAGCCCAGCACGGAGACGCUGGGAGUUCUCUGGAUCUUCGGCCCAGCAAUCGCGACAAAGAUCAUGGCUCUGCCAUAGCCUGGAGCCAGUGGCGAAAGAUGACCCAGAGAAACACAAUUUGACAUUUCAAGCAAGAGAGAUAGCGGAGGAAAAUAAUGAUCACGCGCUGCCCCGAUUACCACAGGUUCCGGACAGCAAAUCGCAACUGCACUUGGAGGAACAUUUUUUUGACUCGAUACCGGACGUUCCUCGAUUAACCGUUUCCCCGAGGAAAGAUAUAAUCAACGAUAAACCUCCAGAGGUCGCAACAGAGGUUCAUAAACCGAAGAAUCCAUCCCUCACGCGGGAUGAAAGAGUGCGGAAUGCCGUCUCUGACAUAUUCCAGCGGUUAUUUGGAGAUAAACACGAUUGGGAAGACGCCGUGGAGGCUAUACUACCCAAACAAACGUUUGUUCGAAAGGUGGACGACACACGCGAUGCAAUCGAAACUCCGUCGGUUGCAAGGCUUGUUGAAGCACUACCCAGCCAAGAACAGGCAACAACUCAGUUUCUUUUUCGAUUGUACAGAGACCUUCCAGAGCCCGGGGUUGCACAUUUAUCUAAGGUCUCACGUGGCCGCCUUUUGAGGCGACUGGCAUCGCCUCCGAACCGACGCUGGGCAGAUGCGCGUCGUUAUCUUGCCUUGGUGGACGAUAUGAAUACCGCCGGACUUCCACUGUCACGCUCACUAUGGUCCACCGCAAUCCAUAUGGCUGGCCGAAGCAACAAUGGCAGGGUAUCAAAACGACGUUUAGUUCACGCAAUUGGUCUUUGGCAGCAAAUGGAGCAUGUAGCUGGGAUUCAGGCCGACGAUGUGGUCUUUAAUAUUCUAUUCGAUGUCGCUAUCAAAGCGAACCAGUUCAUCGUGGCCGAUCGUUUGGAAGAUGAAAUGAGGAAGAGAGGGGUUCGAUUUUCACGUUCUGGGCUAGUCUCGAAAAUAUUUUCCUGUGGCAUGCGGAAAGAUCUGGAAGGGAUUCGUGGCACAUUUGAUUACUUUGUCCAGUCAGGAGAGCUAGUCGAUACUGUCGUGUUAAACUGUGUCAUGGCCUCCUUUCUUCGAGCUGGUGAUGUUGAGACUGCUGAGCAGCUGUAUGGACGGAUGCUCAACGCACAAGUUCAACACAAGAAGGGAUCCUCAAGUUCAGGGAUUUCUUCAGAAACCUCCCCCAGCCUUUCUCCAGAAUUCACAUUUUACCGAGCAAAGACUAGGGAGCUUGGUCGCCUAUUAAAGAAGUCCAAGGCUCUCAAGAAAAGCCUACCUGCUUACCACCGUGCCCUUCAAGACUCGUUACCCAUGACACCAGAUACGCGGACCUUCUAUAUCUGGCUUCAGUUUUGCACGCGCAUCACUGGUGAUCUUGAUAUGUUCAUGAACGUUCUGCGGGAUAUGGAAAACACAUUUUCAGUUCCACCUCGUCACCUGAUCUAUCUUUACCUCUUUGAGGGCUUUGGCCUUCAUGGGCGCCGAAGGAAGAACUGGUGGACAGCAGAGAAACUUCGAUUGACCUGGCUUUCUUUUAUACAAGCCGUACGGGACUCAAAAGCGAGACAUUCGGGAUUUCACCGCGAUGCUCCUGCUAUGGUCUGGGAAAACCCUUUAGAAGGCGUGGAUGUUGAAGCUGAGAUACCAGCUGUCGAUACCUCUGCCAAGCCCGAUGGGCUCUACAUGAGCUUUGCAUCCACAGACAAGGACACCUCCUCGAUCACUCUAGAAGAAAAACCACAAGCCUCUGGGGGCCUUCCUGAAGAUCACAUUGACGAAUUUUCUCGUGAUGAGGAUGAUGUCGACGAAGAAGACGAAUUCGAGCACGAGGACGUCUCUGAGAUCCAACCCGAUAACGACAUUGCAAACUUGAACUUUGACGCGGAGAGCAUUUUCACUUCUCGCCCAUUAUCUCUCGACCAAGAAGGUGAUUUCAAACAAGAGAAUCUUGAACACUUGUCCCACCGUCUCGAGAAUGGUGUCUUCGUUGGACGACGCAUGAUUAUACUUAUUCUACGGGCCUUUGGCACCUGCUGUGGGCCCCAGGAGGUUAUGGAAGCUUGGUUGCAACUCGAACAGCUAUGGUCACCCAAUAAGCGCAAGGCAAUUGAUGUACUUGCGGUGAAGGAGGUGAUUGAUGAGCAAAUGUCGCGGAAUCCACGAUAA